AUGAGGGUGUUCCAAUCCAAGACAUGCUUGAAGUACACAACGAAGGAGCUGCCACGAGAGGCGGCUGCUCGGGCAAGACAGGAGCAGAGAGACGCACAAGCAAAGGCUGCUUCAGGCUCGACCGCUCCUUCAAAACAAACGAGGCGUAAUAAAAGUGAAAAGGGCUUGAAUCUGGCCACGUACAAGUGGCAUAGUCUUGGUGACUAUGUGAAUUUCAUCCGCCUGUUUGGGCCUACGGAUAACUAUUCGACACAAGUGGGAGAGAGUCUGCAUCGCGUUGUGAAGCGUCUCUAUGGUAUGACCAACAAGCGGAAUCAUGCAGGUCAAAUUGGGAACUUUGUGCCCAAGCUACAAGACCAUCUCCUCGGCCGUCUGCUGGAUCGCGAGUUCGAUGGCGACACUCAUGACUCCUUCAAGGCAAUAGACCGGCAAAGUGUUCAAAUCAUUGGCAAUCACUUAUAUACCACCAAGACGCUUCGAGUCAACUACACUACAUACAAUGUGCGCCGGGAGCAAGACAUCAUCAACCCACGAAUGUCAGCAUUUGUAAUGGUGCGCUCACCGGAAACGCAGUCUGAUGCACAUCCAUACUGGUAUGCGCAAGUUCUUGGCGUCUUCCAUACAUCUGCUUGUAUCUCCUCAAGUUUGGUCUCCGCCACAAGAACGUACGACUUCUUAUGGGUGCGAUGGCUGGGAAUAGAGCCUGGGCAUCGAGCUGGUUUCAAGAAUGCACGCCUGCCUAAGGUUGGCUUUGUAGAAGAGUCGGAUUUGCUCGCAUUUGGCUUUUUGGAUCCAGCUUACGUUGUUCGCGGCUGCCAUCUAAUACCGGAUUUCAGUGGCGGCCGGACAAACUCUCUUCUCAGCACAAUGAAGAAGACGGCGGCAAGAUCCGUGGAUGAGACAAGUGAUUGGGCCUCAUUCUAUGUGAACAUAUUCCUUGAUCGUGAUAUGGUCAUGCGAUACUUUGGAGGGGGAAUUGGGCAUCUGUCUGUACAACCGGAGACAGAAGAGGAGGAUGCAGAUGAACCAGACGAAGAUGAAGAUCAGGAGGACAAGGAAGACACACCAGAGGAAGACAAGGAGGAUGAAGACGACUCGGAGGAGGACAAGGAGGACAAGGAGGACAAGGACAAGGACAAGGAUGAAGAGGAGGUAGAGGAGGACGAUUUUGGUGCAGACAAUGGCGAAGAUGAUCAUGAAGACACAGGCUAUGCAGGCCUCUAG